CACCCCAGUAUUGCUCUUUACACGUCGCAAAACAUCCCAAUUGACCGGCUCUAUUUUUCACCUUUAAUUGUUGAUUACAGGAGACGCAGGAGGGCCAAGCACAGUCGAAGCGGCUACAUUUAUAUCUCAGUGAGACGAUAUUCGGUUUUGCCGCUUCCGAACAUGAGUACCUUUGGAAGCCCAGGUACUCUUCCGACCACGAAGCCAUCCCCCCCUCAAAGGGGAAGCUUCCCUCUUGACCACGAUGGCACCAAGAUCGUCGGAGGCGUAACGCCUGGCCGGGAGGGAUUUCAUCUCGGACUUCCUGUGUUGCCUGCCCUUCGACAGGCAAUGGAGCAGCUCAAGCCAGACGCGACAGCCAUAUAUGUUGCUGCCCGUCAUGCCGCAGCGGCCAUCGAGGAAGCCAUUGAGGGCGAGGUACCCCUUAUCGUAGCGGUUGCUGAACAUAUCCCUUUGAAUGACAUGCUCCGAAUUCAAUCGAUCUUGAAAAUACAGUCUAGGCCCAGGCUCGUUGACCCCAACUCACCAAGCAUCAUAUCUGCGACUGGGCGAUGUCGAAUAGGCUUCCAACCGCUGUCAUGCUUCUCGCCCGGUAGGAUCGGAAUCGUAGCCAAGUCAGGGACCUUGAGUUAUGAGACGGUGGCAUCAACCACAAGAGCAGGUCUUGGCCAGAGCCUGUGCAUAGGAGUUGGGGGUGACAUUCUUCCCGGUAUAGAUCUUCGGGAGUCCUUGGCUGUCUUCGAGCAAGACGGCGACACGGAUGCUAUUGCAUUGGUUGGCGAGAUUGGCGGAACCGGAGAAAUCGAUGCCGAAUCCUGGAUUCGGGACCACCCGGAAAAAUUUGGCGAGGCCUUCAAGGCACGACUGGAUGCGCUUGCGACUAGAGGCCAGUUCCACCUGGACUCUAGAAUUCGCGAACGAACACGAGCCGAAUUGCACAGAAUGGGCAGGCGGGAACGGCGCCACAUGUUCCUCGCCGAGGGUGAGUGCAUGGACCUCCUCCGGGCUUCGGGGGAGACUAGCUGCGGUGCCGGUGGCUACUCGGGCCAUGGAGAGAGGUGUCUGCUAGCCAUUGGAAUCGAUCGUUCGGCCAGGUCACCCUGUGUCAUCGCGGCGCCAACAACGAAUCAGGAGUGCCUGGUGCGGACCGUCAAGCGCUAUUCUUUUGAUUUUGGACGCGGACGCGGACCCAGCGAGCUCGACAUUCGACAUAUCGCCGAACACAUGCAGCUGAGGGGUACGGGAAUGGCCGCCGACUCAUUGCGACACACUGUCGACAGCCUGACAGCCAUCUUCUACGAAAAUGAGGCCUUCCUACUGACAACACACAUUGUGGUCGGAGCCCGCUUCGGGUUUCACGACGCGGCUUUUCCCAGCGGCGGACGGCAGGGCGCCCUGCACACGGCGCUAGCGGCAACUAGUUCAGAACAUGGCCCGUACCCGGAGGUGCAGAGGAGCGGCAUUGUGUACAUCAGGCUCGCAGGCGACGGGGCCGUCGGCACAGUUGUGAACGGUGCCGGACUGGCAAUGAACACGGUGGAUGCGCUGCAGGGCAAUGCGGCCAGCUUCCUAGACACGGGCGGCAAGGCGACCAGCGACACAGUCAAGGCGAGUUUUGAGAUGGUGUUGCGAGACCCCCGGGUCCGUGUUGUCUUUGUGAACACCUUUGGGGGUUUGAAGCUGGGCGAUAUGAUCGUGAGAGGUAUCAUUCUGGCUUUCCAGACACUGUCCCUCAAAGUCCCCGUCGUCGUGCGCAUCCGGGGAACGAAGGAGAAAGAGGGCCAGCAGCUCAUCGCCGAGAGCAGGCUCCCUCUUUAUGCCUUUAACGACUUUGACGAGGCGGCCGCCAAAGCAGUGGAACUGUCGAUGCGCAAGCCUGGGAGCUAA